CGAUUACGCGUCAUCAGGAUCACAAACCCUUCGACGUUCGAAACCGCCGGCUGCAGUUUCCGAUAAAAACGAACUUUCUGCGUUUCAAAAUAAGGUUAUCGCCAAUCGGUCGAGGUUUCAAGGACGAUACACCGUUUUAAUCGGAAAGAAUUGUAGGAUAAAGCGCUAAAAUUAUGGCGAAUUCUAUGACGAACUCGAGUGUCUGUUAUCAAAGUUAUCAGUUGUCAGAUUCUAGAUGGCAGGUUAUGUCAAACAGAGUAACAAUUUAAAAAAAUCCGACCGAGUUCGGCGAUGAAGAGGACAGGUCGAGAUUCACAGGAUACGGAGAGCGAUGACCCACAGAGUCCGGUGGAAGUUGACUUAGACCUUGUCAAGGAAGAAAUUUUUUCAGAUGAAGAAAUUGAGCCAUUAACAACUAAUGGGGAGAACUUGGAUUUACAAGUGAAACAAGAGUACGAUACCGAUGCCCAAGAACCUCUCAAUGCCGAAGAUGAAAAGCACGGUGCUUAUGUGUCAAUCAACGCUGAGAUAGUAAAGAAGGCCAUUACUGCCGUGAACAGGCUGACUGACGACUGCUCGAUAUUCGGAGACUUUGUUGCCAGCGAGCUCAGAUCACUCAAAUCUAAGAAGAUGAAGAUGAAGUUGCAGAGCAGAAUUCAGAAGGCGAUUCUCAAAGUGGCUGAAGAGGAUGAAGAACUGCACACAGCCCAAGAAAACUCUAUACAAUAGAUUGUGCAUUAAAAAAAAAAAUUAUAUACUGUACAUAUUAAAAAGGUAUUAAUGCUAAUGUAAAACAAUUUUAUUUAUUAUGCUUCUUGUUAGUUUGUAUUAUCAUUAAUUAAAAUGUUUUGACAUACAAUUGAAAGUUUAUUAUAUAAAAAAAUAGAUUACAAUCUGCAUUUGAUUGCCU